AUGACCAGCGAGACUGAGCUAGAUGUCGUCGAUCGAACAGCAAGUCAUACAGACUCUCGUUCUGCUCGUUCCGCGCGGGAAGUCGACCUCGUCGGAACUCAAACCAAUGUCUCAGGCCGAGAAGACCAGCCGCCAGAUGGAGGAUAUGGUUGGGUCUGUACGGCAUGCGUCUUCGCCAUAAAUGCACAUACAUGGGGCGUGAACGCCUCAUGGGGUGUCUUCCUAGCCCACUUCCUCUCCCACGACACCUUCACCAACGCCUCCAACCUGGAAUACGCACUAAUCGGCGGCCUCUCCAUCUCAAUGUCUCUCUUCAUCUCGCCCCUCGUCGGCGUCUCCAACGAAAAGCUCGGGACUCGACCCAGCCUCUUCAUCGGCACAGCUCUGGUAUUCACCUCCAUGCUGACCGCGUCCUUCGCAACCCAAAUCUGGCAUCUCUUCCUCUCGCAAGGCGUCUGCUUCGGCUUCGGGCUAGGCUUCCUGUACAUCACCGCCGCUCCAACGCUCGGGCAAUGGUUUCUCAAGAAACGCAGUCUCGCGGUCGGAAUCGCUUCCUCUGGCGCCGGGUUCGGUGGGCUGGCGUACAAUCUCGCUGCUGGCGCCGGAGUAGAGUCUCUUGGGGUACAGUGGACGUAUCGACUCCUUGCUCUUUGCACGCUUGUGGCCAACUUGAUCUGCUCGAUUUUGCUGAAGGAUCGGAACACCGCUGUCAAGCCGCAGCCGCGGGGACUCAACAACCUCCGGGAGUUUGGUCACGUCUCAGUGGUAUUGAUAAUAAGCUGGGGCGCGUUCACAGAGCUGGGUUAUAUUGUUCUUCUGUACUCGCUGCCGAAUUAUGCCCAGUCCAUCGGCCUGUCCGCGCAGCAGGGCUCCGUGGUCGGUGCAGUUUUGAACCUGGGACUGGCGUUCGGUCGGCCUGCCGUGGGAUUCCUUUCGGAUUCUUUUGGUCGCAUCGAUGUUGCUACUGGUGAGUUGCAAAACAACAUUCCAAGAUUUCCCAAGCUGACAGCAACAUCUCACCAGCCAUGA